UUGCUGACAAUUUUUACUUCAUGAACACCACCACCACUCCCGCCAUGAUCUUCUCCUCCUUGAGGAGUAGUCAUGGCGUCCCUGCUAUCCCCAACUGCCAUUUGCUUCUUUUCUUCAAGACCCACAUCCCACAGCCCUCUCUGGUCCUUCACAAGCCGUUGCAAAAGACACCCAGUAAAGUGUAGCUCAUUUUUUGAUAACAUUUCAGAUAAUCUCUUACAGGUGGACCAAUCAUUCUCUGUAUUCCCCAUUUUUCGAUCUGGGUAUGCCCAGUUUCAGAGAAUUACCGAGGAUUUACCAGAGACGGAGAAGUGGGGGAUUUUGGUUUCUGCUGGAAUUACUUGGAUUUACUUAACUGCAAGACCAGGGGUACUUGUGGGUGCGAUUGAUACAUAUCUCCUUGCUCCUCUACAAAUGGGGUUCGACAGUCUCACCGGGAAGAGGAGCUUGAAGAUGACUGAUUUUUUGAUUGGGGAUAGAUUGGGAGAAGGGUCAUUUGGGGUUGUUUAUUACGGUGUGAUUGUUCCGAAGAAUGUGACUGUAGAAGAAAGAGUUCAGAAGAGAGGUAGAGGAAAAGCGCUUGCAAUGGAUGGGAAGUUUAAGGAGAAGGUUAUUCUCAAAAUGGUAAAAGUUGGAGUCCAAGGUGCUGAAGAAUGUGGUGAUUUUGAGGAGUGGUUUAAUUACAGGCUAUCGAGGGCAGCUCCAGAGACAUGUGCUGAGUUCCUUGGAAGUUUUACUGCUGACAAAACAAAUUCACAAUUUACAAAGGGUGGAAAAUGCCUUGUCUGGAAAUUUGAGGGAGAUCGAGACCUUGGCAAUUACAUGAGAGAUCGCAACUUCCCUUUGAACUUAGAAUCUGUUAUGUUUGGUCGUGUCUUACAAGGACUAGACUCUAUUGAACGAAAUGCAUUAAUCAUCAAGCAAAUAAUGCGUCAGAUUAUUACUUCACUCAAGAAAAUCCAUGACACGGGAAUUGUUCACCGUGAUGUAAAGCCAUCCAACUUAGUGGUGACAAAGAAGGGAAAGAUCAAGCUCAUUGAUUUUGGGGCUGCCACAGACCUUCGGAUUGGCAAAAAUUUUGUACCGAACCGUGGCCUACUUGACCCUGACUAUUGCCCCCCUGAACUAUAUGUACUCCCGGAGGAAACACCAAAGCCACCCCCAGAGCCAGUUGCUGCCUUUCUUUCUCCAAUUUUAUGGCAGUUAAAUAGUCCUGAUCUAUUUGAUAUGUAUUCUGCUGGGAUAGUACUCAUGCAAAUGGCAAUACCAAGCUUAAGGUCUACUGCAGGCUUAAAGAAUUUCAAUUUAGAAAUAAAGGCAAUUGGCUAUGAUCUAAAACAAUGGAGGGAUAGAACUCGGUCGAGGCCUGACUUCAGCAUCCUUGAUCUUGAUUCGGGUAGAGGGUGGGAUUUAGCCACAAAGCUCAUUUCAGAGAGAGGUUUCCUUCGAAGGGGGCGUUUAUCAGCUGCAGCUGCUCUGAGGCAUCCGUACUUCUUGUUGGGUGGUGACCAAGCAGCCGCAGUUCUCUCAAAAUUUAGCUUAACCAAGUAGUCAGAUGCCCUGUAAUUUUGACAUGAAUCCGUUGGAUCAUUUGGAUGUGGUAACAAAAGAAAAGAAGGUGGAAGGGGCACACAGAUACAAAUUUCUUGCUUCCCAUAUAUUAUAUUUCAAUUGACAUCCUUGCACCAAGUAACCAGGUACUUUGACUACUAAAUGUAUGCAAGUAAUACUAUAUACAUAGUAUAUAUUUGAGUACGGUUACAAGAUCUCUUUUUUUGGGGCGGGGGGAGAUUAUUUUUUAGAGAAUUCUCUGGAUAUAUUUUUUCUUUUCUUUUCUAUGGAUAAAUUCUGGAUAUCUUUUCUUUCCUUGUUUAUUUCCAAAGAUGAAAGAAAGUGCUGCUUCUACAACUUAGCAAUGGAAUUGGCUUUUCCAAUUUCAUCUCAGGAUGUCACUGGAAACUUGGAAUCAGUAGCAUAAUCAAAUUAUCAGAGUUGUCCACAUAAUGACAAUACUGUGUUCUUGGGGCAUAAUCUUUGUAAUAAUCUUUGGGCUCUCCAAUAUCUAUAUAAAAAAAAUUUCCAGCCAGGAAUAUUCUUUUGGUUCUGCUGCC